AUGACGGAACCACCAACCGAUUCAUGCAUUCCUUCAUUGGGUCCCACACCAGCCACCGUGAUUCAUCCAAGACGCGUGCCGUUCGAACACGGUCUUUUACCUAUCCCGCGACUCAUCUUCUCCGACCCCACACAAACCCUAAUCUCAUUGAAACAUAAGCUUCUCGAAUUAUCCUCUAACAACCGAGUUGACUCGGCCGCGAUUUCUGAGUCGUUACAGAUCUCCGUCGAACAAGCUAGGCUUGUUCUCGAGACUCUCGUUUCGGUUCUGCCUUCUGAAUCCGAAUCUGAUAGCGUCGAUGUUCAUGAUCUCGUUUUGUUUCUAUACAUUCAAUCUUACAAGAGGCUCCUCCCGCGGACGCAUAAGGAUUCCGCCGCUGUUGCUGAUGUCUGGCCUUCCACUUCCGCCUUUGAUGGAUACCUGUCCGCUCUCACGCCGCUUCAGCUUGUGCGGAGCAACAGUAAGCGGUUUACGCCGUCGCAGGGUGAUGAAGAAGCACAUCAGCUGUCUUAUCUGCAAAAGCAUUUGGCUAACAUCGUGUCUCUGCUAGCAGAGCCCGUGGAGGGGGAAAGUGAAGAAUCUCUGGUUUUAACCAUGGAUAGAUUUGAGCACCUUGGUUUUCUAUUUCAUUAUGGUGAUAAAGGACUUGAAGGAAAUUCAUUGAGUCAAUCUUCUCCUUUUUUCGCAAACUCGGAUCCCAACAUGCCUGCUGUUCCCGCUUCUGCUUCCCAAGUUCAUGAUUGGCUUCUGCAGAACAUAGCUUCUGCCUUGGGACGUAUUGCUGAACGGACUCCUUCAAAAGAAAAUGGUCCAGUUAGUGCCUCUGAUCAGGAUGUUGCUAUGACUGAGGCAUCUACUGCCUCAGUUAAGGUCCCAACAAGUGCUAGGGGCGCAAGUUUCAUUGAAGGGAUUUCGAAAUCAUCAUACGCAAAGCAUGCAUCUGACAUUAAAGGUUCCUCCGUUAAGGUUCUAAAUUGCCAUGACUCUGCCAUUUACAUCUUAGCACCUUUGAGAUACGCCACCAUCUAUGGAUGUUCAGAUGCGACAAUAGUUAUUGGAGCAGUUGGAAAGGCUGUGAGAGUAGAACACUGUGAACGAGUUCAUGUUAUUGUUGCAGCAAAACGGAUUUGUAUUGCUAACUGCCGUGAAUGUGUUUUCUUUUUGGGAGUGAACCAGCAACCCCUUAUUGUCGGUGAUAACCAUAAGUUGCAGGUGGCUCCCUAUAAUACCUUUUACUCCCAGCUGGAGGAACAUAUGAAUGAAGUUGGAGUUCUUCCCACAGUGAAUUGUUGGGAUGAACCUAUAGCAUUGGGCAUGGUUGAUCCCCAUGAUUCACUAUCUCAUCCAGCAGGUGUCUCUGAUGUUCAAACUGAGUCUGCUUCUAGGUUGGAUCCUGAUCAGUUCACUAAUUUUGUGAUUCCAAACUGGCUUGGAGAGUCCACCGGCUCUACGAAAGACAAUCCGUUCACAUUACCUGAGGCAUAUAUGGCAUCUCAACAGAGAAAUGAAAACAAUUUAGAGGAGAUAAGGCAACUGUUACGAGAAGCACCUUUAGAAGAAAGUCGUAAAAGAGAACUGUCAUCAGCGCUUCAUGUGUAUUUCAAGGACUGGUUAUAUGCCUCUGGGAACAUUCGUCAGCUUUAUUAUUUACAAGGAGAUUGA